CCGCCCCUGCAGUUGUCAGAUCAGCCAGUGUAGUCCAUCCGUUUACGUAUCGUCGUGCGGGCGUUAAUUUCAUGGGCUUGGGAAGAUUUUUCCGUGUAAAAUGUAUUCGCUGGCAUCGAAGUAAAUUAAAUAUUGGUCGUUGGUUGAUUGUGGUGAUGAUAUGAGAAAUCUGGCAUUAGAUUAUGUCGAAGACGUAGAAUAAAUUUUACGUAUUAUUACGUUGAUCAAGAGUUAAAUACAUAGUAGUAAUAGUGUCAUUAUUUUCAGUAACGAGAGACAAUAAAAAUAAGAAUAUAAAAGAAACAAACGUAACUAAAAUCGUACAGCGUUUCGGUGUAGAAUCAUAAAAUGUGGUUGACGGUAGUGUGGGCGACGUUUUUGAUCGCGUGCCCGUCACUGUUGGGCGUUGUCGGGCAGUACGAAUGGCAGGUGCGCGAUGAGUUUGACGAAAUUCGUCGGCGAAUGGAUCAGGUUACCAUAGAAAACUGUCCGAUUCAGCAUGUCGGAGAUUUGUACCUUCCUGAAGAUGCGGUAUCGCAUUUACCGGACAUUAAGGACAUUAACAUAAACCCAGUAUUCCCAAACAGAACAGCUUUGCUUCACCUGCAGAAUAUGGCACUGAGCAGAUCGUUUUACUGGAGUUACAUACUGCAGUCGCGUUUCAUACGACCCGCGAUAAACGACACGUACGAUCCAGGAAUGAUGUACUACUUCUUGUCAACCGUAGCAGACGUAUCCGCUAAUCCGUAUAUCAAUGCCUCGGCAAUUUACUUUGCUCCUAAUACCUCAUACUCCCCAUCCUAUCGAGGAUUCUUCAAUAAAACUAUGCCCAGAUUCGCUCCGAGAACUUUCAGAGCUGACGAUUUCAACGACCCGAUUCAUCUUGAGCGAAUUUCGACCAGAAAUACCUUCACUGUUCAAGAUCUCGGUGCUUUUCCGGCCGACAGUCUCAGCCAUGAUUAUACCACCGAUUAUUAUCGAAUAAACGAAUGGUACAAAAAAUGGCUUCCAGACAAUGUUGACAGAAGACAUGAUACAAAAACUACCUACCAGGUGGAAAUUAGAUAUGCAAAUAACACUAACGAGACUUUCACGUUUCAUGGCCCCCGAGGUGCCGAUGAAUAUCCCGGGCCAGUGAAAUGGACUCGGCCGUAUUUUGAUUGUGGCCGGUCAAAUCGUUGGCUGGUGGCCGCGGUUGUACCCAUUGUUGAUAUUUACCCCAGGCAUACGCAGUUCAGGCAUAUUGAAUAUCCAACAUACACCGCAAUUGCGGUUCUUGAAAUGGAUUUUGAAAGGAUAGAUAUAAAUCAAUGUCCGAAGGGCCAAGGAAAUAAUGGUCCAAACAGAUUUGUAGACACAGCAAGGUGUAAAAAAGAAACUACUGAGUGUGAACCGCUACAUGGAUGGGGCUUCAGGAGAGGUGGCUAUCAAUGCCGAUGUAAGCCUGGGUCUAGAUUGCCGACUGUAGUAAGAAGACCUUAUCAUGGUGAAAUAGUUGAGAGGGCUACCUCGGAGCAGUAUUACAACGGAUUUGAUUGUACCAAGAUUGGAUGGGUUCAAAAAAUGCCUGUACAAUGGGAGAAGGCAACGCCAUAUAUGAAAGAAAAAUACCUUGAAAGAUUUUAUGAGUAUCGAAAUUAUACAACUGGCCCGGCUUCACUGCACACUGAAAAAAUGAAUAUUGACCAGGCUUUAAAAUUCAUUCGCAGUGUCAAUCCAAAGACCUGUAAGAAUUUUACUCAACACGAUUUGAAUUUGCAUGGAGACAUCAGCUUUAAAGCAGAAGAAUUCUUCGAGAAUGAAGCAAAGAUGGCAGCUAGGUUAGCUAACUUCAUCAGUGCAUUUCUCCAAGUAUCAGACCCUAAGGAAGUUUAUUCUGGCAAGAGGGUGGCAGAUCGUCCGUUGACUGAAGAUCAAAUGAUUGGCGAAACUUUAGCUAUGGUGCUAGGAGACACCAAAAUUUGGUCAGCUGGUACUUAUUGGGAACGUAACAAAUUUACUAAUCGAACCUUCUUCGCUCCUUAUGUGUACAAGAACACGCUUAAUACUGGAAAGGUCAAAGUCGAGGAUCUGGCGAGGCUGAAUAACACAGACGAAGUUUACACAAAUAAGCCUUGGUUCAAAUUUCUUAAACAACGCUGGGCAGCCAACUUUGAAGAGCUGGAACAAUAUCACAUGAAGAUCAAGAUUCGAUUCAAUGAGACAGGAGAGUAUCUGAAAAAAUACGAACACUAUCCUAACUUUUACAGGGCAGCAAACCUGAAACAUGGCCAUUGGACCGCUCCCUAUUUCGAUUGUAACGGCAAAGUGAAGAAAUGGGUAAUCACCUAUGCAUCACCGUUUUUCGGCUGGGAUAGCUUGAAAGACAAACUGGAAUUCAAGGGUGUUGUGGCUGUUACCAUGGACUUGCUUCAGCUGGAUAUUAACCAAUGUGAUGAUAAAUUCUACAUUCCCAAUGCCUUCAAAGGCACACAUAAAUGUGACAGGAAAACAUCAUACUGUGUUCCGCUUCUCGGCCGCGGUUUUGACACGGGAGGCUAUAAAUGCGAGUGUAAACAAGGAUAUGAAUAUCCAUUUGAGGAUCUGAUAACGUAUUAUGACGGACAGCUGGUGGAAGCAGAAUUUAACAAUAUUGGAAAUGAUAAGGAAACCAGGUACGACAUGUUCAAGUGUCGUCUAGCAGGUGCUACUUCGAUCCAUGCAAGUUGGCUACUGCUUCUCACAGUAAUUGGUCUGUUUUAUAGACUGCACCACAGAUAAGACCGCUAUUUGUAAAUUUGAUUUCAAUUUAUAUUCUUUUGUACCUAUAUUAUGGAUCUGAAUAGUAUAAUCCGUCCGUAGCUUCGUAAGAAAAUACAUAUACGAAAUUAUAGUACAUAGUUGGUCUUGCAACAUCGUAUUAUGACAAGGAAUUUUCAAGAUAAGUUACAGAUCUGAAUAGUAUAAUCCGUCCAUACCUUUGUAAGAACAUAAUCAUACAGAAUUAUGAUACGUGGUUCGAUUUGCAACUUUGUAUUAUUGUAAGCAAUUAUAGCAAUUACUCGACUGAUAUUAUAAAUAGUUUUCAGAAAUGCUCGAAAGAUUGCUAUAAAUAAUCUUAACCAAGAAGUGAAUCUCUUUUUGCAAUUUUGUUUAAUUUAUACGUAAACUCGUUUAUUACAGGUAUUUGUAUUUGCAUUUCAAAUCUGAAUCUCGAAACGAACAAAUUAUUCGUAAUAAAGAUAUUAAACUUUUAUUAUCGGAAAUACUUUCAACUUUCGUCCACUCUAGUAUUAUAACUAUAAUAUGCUGACUGUAAUAUUGUAAUUCCCUCUUACACGUUACAACGAACAUUGAAGGAAUUUUCAUUUCACUAGCCUCUUUAGUCCAAUACUCCCGAUUUAUAGAAUAGCACCUUUGAUUUGAACGAUGUAGUCUACUUUGAGCUGCACUAGUAUAAAAACCAGGAAGCAAGAGACGUAAAAAGUCUAAAUUGCAGAAAAUUGCAAUACCCUCUAGGCUUAGCUAAACUCAGCACUAAUCCUCAGUCAAAUGUAUUCCGGCACUCCGAUUGCCCGCUAAGCAAUUCAAUACUUCAUCUGAGAGACAGAAUGUACCAGGAAAUGGUAGGAACGGAUCAUUGACAGUCUGUACAUAUCGUCGGCCAAGAACCCGGAUAAAAUAUUUGGCAAAUUUCACAGUGCAGUACGUUGCAGGGUAAAUAUGUAUAGGUAUAUAUAUCAAGUAUCGAAAUGACUACUGUCGAGACAACUAACCACUGGGAAAUGUUUUUGAACUUUUUACAAGAUGUAUAUACAGGGUGGGCCAGACAAAAAAUCAUACCAUAUCUAAACGUGAAUACAAUUCGAUUGAGUCGACCGAUUUUCCAAAACUUUUCUGUGCUCGAAAUUAAAAGAAUAAACCUUUCGUUUCGAAGAAAAUUGACAUUACAGAAUGUUCAACUUAUUGUCAGUUCCCAUUUUAAAUUGUGAUUCGAAGUUUGACUCUGGCAAUUUAGUAAUUCUCCUAGAUUCUAUUUACAUAACAUGAAACGUUUCUUGUAAUAUCGAUGUAAGUUGAACAUUCUUUAAUACUGUUUUUUUUCAUCCUUCCUGCCAGCGACUUCUUCAUAACCUAUUUUUCAAAAGCGUGUAUCUCUGCAAGGAAUGAAUCUUUGUCCAAUUUUCAAACGCGAA